AUGGGGAAACGCAAACGCCAAGCGCGCGAUGUGGGCACGAAGAUUUUGCAAGAGCACGAGGCGCAGCAUCCAAAUGCUAUUGCAGGCCGUGUUGUGAUCCCGCAGAAGCGCUGGUACCGCCAACGUGCACAUGCCAAUCCAUUCUCUGAUCACUCGCUGGCCUACCCAGCGCAGCCCAGCGAGAUGGAUUGGUCGGCUCACUAUCCGGAGCUAUGCGCACCUGGUGCCCCUCAGAAAAAGGUAGAAUUUGCGGACGUGGGAUGCGGCUUCGGUGGGCUGCUUAUGCGUCUGGCGCCGCUGUUCCCAGACACUCUCAUGCUUGGCAUGGAGAUUCGUACGCAGGUGACACAGUAUGUGCAUGAUAAGAUUCAUGCUCUACGACUGGCUCAUAAGCAGGCGCUGUCCCAGCAGGAGGAGGCGCCGGAGAGCGAGUCGACACCUGCGCCGACCACGAGCAACGAGGGUACAGACGAAGAUACCGAGGAACGCCAGCAGAAUGAGCGCAUGGUCCGUGAAGCUGGCCGUAUUGCUGGCGGGUACCAGAACAUCAGUGUGAUCCGAUCCAACGCAAUGAAGUUCCUUCCCAACUUCUUUGAAGAAGGCCAGCUGAGCAAGAUCUUCUUCUUGUUCCCUGACCCUCACUUUAAAGCACGGAAGCAUAAAGCACGCAUUAUUUCCCCUACGCUCUUGGCCGAGUAUGCCUAUGUGCUUCGCCCUGGCGGCAUUGUGUACACUGUGACUGAUGUGCGUGACUUGCACGAGUGGAUGGUCAAGCACUUGACAGCCUUCCCUCUUUUCCGCCGCAUACCCGACGAUGAUCCCAUGCUGAAAGAGGACCCUUGCGUGGAUGCUGUUAUGUACAGUACCGAAGAGGGACGCAAGGUGGAACGCAAUGCUGGCGACAAGUUCUUUGCCGCCUUUGUGCGUCUAGACAACCCGCCUGUAGAUCAGGAGCCCUAG